UAAUAUUAAUUUAAACUUAUACUUUAUUGGAUUACCUUUUUUUUUUUCUUUUUGAUUUUACAGAGUUGCCCAGAUCUACGAACAGCAACAAACACCUCUUUCCAUUUUUUUUCUGCUAAAAAAUAAAUAAAUCCAUUAUACAACAAUGGUAUAAUUAUCCAACCGAGAAGAACAACAAAGCAAAAUCCAACUUUGCUCCAACAAAAUAAAAAAUAAAAAAAAAUCCCUGUUGAGAAUCAAUCAACCGGGUUUAAUUAAUGGAGUCGGAACUCCAGAAAUUACCACCCGGAACUCCUCAACCGACCCGACCUGAAUCCCUCGACGAAAGCUCCACAAAGGACGACCGCCCGCUUCUCAAACCCGACCUGACUAACCCGCGACUCCAAGUUCUUCAAUCCCAAUCAUCAAACCCAAGUAUUGACGAAUUGGAGAAGAAAUAUGCGCCGUAUGUUAGACAUGAUGUAUACGGCAUAAUGGGUCGGGGCGAAUUGCCAUUGGCGGAAAAAGUGCUAUUAGGGUUUGCAUUGGUAACAUUGGUACCGUUGAGGGUAAUUGGGGCUAUGAGUGUUUUGGUUGUGUAUUAUUUGAUUUGUAAGAUUUGUACAGCGUUUUCGGUACCGAAUAGGGAGGAGGAGGAGGAAGAAGGACAAGAGGAUUAUGCACAUAUUGGUGGGUGGAAAAGAGCUGUGAUGAUGAAGAGUGGGUUGUUUUUAGCGAGAGUUAUGCUUUUUGUUUUUGGGUUUUAUUGGAUACCUGAAAUUUAUCGGCCUAUUGAUCUCAAUGCCAAUGGCAAAUCCAAUAAUGAGAAUGGAUCAAAAGAGCAGGCUGAAGAACUUGAAAGACCAGGGGCUAUUGUGUCAAAUCACAUAUCAUACCUGGAUAUCUUGUAUCACAUGUCUUCCUCAUUUCCUAGCUUUGUUGCUAAGAGAUCAGUGGCUAAGCUUCCUUUGGUUGGUCUCAUCAGCAAGUGCCUUGGCUGUGUCUAUGUGCAGCGGGAAUCUAAAUCACCUGAUUUUAAAGGCGUCUCAGGUGUUGUAAAUGAAAGGAUUCGUGAAGCUAACAAGAACAAAUCUGCACCAAUGAUGCUGCUUUUUCCAGAGGGCACAACCACAAAUGGUGAUUUUCUCCUUCCAUUCAAGAGUGGUGCAUUUCUUGCAGGAGCUCCAGUGCAGCCUGUGAUAUUAAGAUAUCCAUACCAGAGAUUAAGUCCUGCUUGGGACUCGAUAUCUGGGGUUCGGCAUGUGAUUUUGCUUCUCUGUCAAUUUGUAAAUUAUGUGGAGGCAACUUGGUUACCUGUAUACUACCCUUCUCAGCAAGAAAAGGAUGACCCUAGACUUUAUGCUGAGAACGUUCGGAGGUUAAUGGCUCAUGAGGGUAAUUUAAUACUCUCGGAUAUUGGUUUGGCAGAGAAGCGAGUAUAUCAUGCUGCUCUCAAUGGUAAUAAUAGCAUGCCUACUGUUUUCCAUCAGAAAGACGAUUGAUAAUUUCAUCGCCUGGGCACUGAAAAGAUGUCUAUAGUCUAAAUAAGGAAACUUGGGUGUUGUGUCAUACUUCUGUAUCUUCAUGGUAUCAUGAAGCAUCUAUCUUUGUUGAUAUCCUGAGUGGACAUUUGUUGUUCAAGUUUCCAGUUUGAGAGGUUGUGUUGUAUGUCAUGUCUUACAUGACCAUUAGGCAAUGUUUUAACAAGCAUCUGGACGUUUGUUUAUCUGAAGCAUCUCUUUGGUGUUCCUGCAGGUUUGUUUUGUCAACAAUAAUUCGGGUUCGCCAUCUGUAUAUUCAUUCUGUGAUUCUAUUAUUUGCAAAAGUUAUAUGAAGAUAACUUAUCCA